GGUUCGAACAGAUGUGUGUUCUGUAACAGAGAACAUGUUCAGCAAUCAGAGGUGACAUCUUGAUUUUAUUCUCCAGGUCAGAAUGACUAAAGACACCAGGACUCACUGUCAUACGCCUGUUUCUGACCGGUCCAGGUGUUUUUAGCCUAGCUUAGCACAAAGACUGUAAGCAGGGGGAAACUGCUAGCGUAGCCCUGAGAGCUUGUGCUCAAUGUAAAGUCAAAAUGGUGACGUUACAUUUAAAGGUGCAAUAUGUGAGAAUCUGAAUCUAUAACUUAAAAAAAAAAACUCAAAUCAUCACCGACUGUGAAGAAAGUUUGCCCCCGUGUUCCCAGUCCGUACUGCAAACUGCAUGGCUAACUGAGCUAACCAGUGUGUGGACAUGUCUCCUCAGGGGAGAUGGCUCAGGUCCGGCGGUCCGUCAGUGAGGCGUUCUGGGCGAUGUGUGCGGCCGAUUCCAUGUCGAUGCCGGUCCACUGGUACUAUGACAUCGACGACAUCAGGAGGGACUUCGGCGGCUGGAUCUCCGGCUUCAAGUCACCAAGAAGCAGACACCCGUCCAGCAUCCUCAGCCUCUCCAACACCACUGGCAGCGGUCGGACCGCCUGGUCGUCCGGUGGCAAGCGGCCAGACGUGGUCGGUAACGUGAUCCUCCAUGAUAAACUGAACCUGUGGAAGUCCUCCAAAGGAUCGGUCCACUAUCAUCAAGGUCUUCAGUCUGGUGAAAACACCCUGAACGUUCUUUGUUCUCUACGAGCGGCUCGCUCACUCGUCACCGGUCGGUUCACAGACGUCUCUCAGCCGGACGCUCGAGCCGCCGUGCUGUCCGACUACGUCCACUUCCUGACCACGCCCGGCUCGCACCACGACACCUACGCAGAGUCUUUCCACCGCUCGUUCUUCGCCGACUGGCAGGACGCCAGGCCGACGUCACCCAGUCAGGUUCUGGCGUUUGCAGAAAAACGCUCUAGACAGAUGUUGAGCUCCUCAUUUGCUGACGGCCAGCUGGACGCCAUCGGCUGCCUUCCCAUGACCCUCCCCUUCGUCCUUCUGUCUGCCUCGGCCAAUGAGGAGCAAGCACUCUCGGCAGCAGUGGAGUUUGUGAAGCUCACCCACCCUCACCCGAAGGUGCCUGAGUACGUGUCGAUUUACAGCCGGGCGCUGCAUGCCGUGCUGGGCGGAGCCAGCGUUCAGCAGCAGGCGGAGCACGCUCUGAGGCGGCUGGGCACCUGGGACACCUGCCAGAGCUACAGCCGCAAGGCUGCCAGGUUUGCGGCGUCCUCACAGGAGCAGCUGAAGGUCCAUCAGAGCGCAGUGAACUACCUCGGCCUGGCCUGCUACACUAAAGGAGCUCUGUCCAGCCUCUUCUAUCUGGCCCACGAGUUCCAUGAUGACCCCAGAGGAGGAAUCCUGGCCAACACCAACUGUGGAGGUGAGAACUGUAACCGUGGCGCGGCGCUGGGAGCCUUGCUGGGGGCGGCGGGGGCACACAGCGGCGCCACUAUCCCGCAGGAGUGGAAGGACGAACUGAGGGACGGCCAGGAGUUCAUCCCUGACAUCCUGAAGGAGCUGCAGUGAGAGCAGCGUCGCCCUGGAGGACUGGAGGGGAACUGCAGCUGUAAACGUUCAAAUAAAUCUGUUUGACUUCCUGUCUAAACGCACAACAAUGAAAAUAUACUCUUUGUUUUCAUUAUGAGUAUUUAAUUUUCAUAUAAAUCUUUCAUCUUUUUCACAAUCAAGUUUUGUUUACAUUUGUAGUUGUAAAAUAUGAAUAAAUUAACAGCAUAUUACUCUGAUGUAUUUAAAACUGAUAAACUCUUACAUGUCUAUUUAAGUUCUUUUUUUUGUCUUAUUCUGAAAUCGACAUGUUCACUUUGUGCUCACAUGAAAUAAAUCCUGAGUAGAAAGCA